AUGGCCCUGUUUGGUGACCCCUGGAGGCGCUUCCUCCUGAGCCCCGCCGUCCACCGCUCGUCGACGGCCCUUCUCGACUGGCUCGAAUCGCCAGCUGCCCACAUCUUCAAAAUCAACGUCCCGGGAUAUAGCAAGGAGGACAUAAAAGUGCAGGUGGAAGAUGGGAAUGUACUGGUUAUCAGAGCUGAAGGCGGCGGGAAAGAGGAACUUCCGAUGAAGGAGAAAGAUGUCAUUUGGCAUGUGGCGGAGAGGAAGAUCCUUGGCGGUUUCUCGAGGGAGAUUGAGCUGCCAGAGGACGUGAAGGUGGAGCAGAUCAAGGCUCACGUGGACAACGGCGUGCUUACCGUGGUUGUACCCAAGGAUACAACUACUCCCAAGCCGUCCAAAGUGAGGAACAUUCAUGUCACUAGCAAACUAUGA